ACAUAAUGUGAGGAAGGUUUACUUUGACUAAAUCUUCUGAAAAGUGUAGGACCUAGACUGUUACCUGGACAAAAAGCAAAUCAGUUGAUCGAAAGUGCUAAGAACAAUAUUGGAAAGUCAGCGAGAUACCACGGCGUUAUGGUGUUUCCAAGGAUACAAUUUUCCAGACUGAAGCUAAAAGUGAGUGUGAUGCAUGAGUUUUCAAAGGCAGAAAAAACCAGAACAAUGCCAAGGACAGUGUGAAGAGAAAAAAAGAAAAAAUAAAUUCAAUAGUGAGGGCUUGCAAGGCCUGAAUUUCGGUAGGAAUUGCGAAUAUCAACUUUGAUGGAUAGUUAGAAUAUUAUGUAAGAAGUGGGUGACAAACAAUGGAACACUUACUAAUGGAGUGCGUUAAAAUAAGGAGACUCCUCUUCCUCCUUAUCGUAGUGAUAAAUUGUGUGGAAUCUUUGAACAAUUCUGGAAGUGACUCGGCAUUACCUCUCGUUCCAUCAUUGACGGAGGAACUCUCUGAACAGGAACUAUCCUCUCAACUUCAAGAUGUUGGUACUAGAAGUGGGGGAUGGUCGUCCUGGUCAGAGUGGUCCCCUUGUUCAAGAUCCUGUGAUGGUGGAGUUUCCCACCAAAUCAGGACUUGUAACACUGCUUCCUGUAGAGGCGAAAAUAUACGCCACAAGAUUUGUAAUAUGCAGGCUUGUCCGGAGCCCAGAGAUUUCCGAGAAGACCAGUGUUCUAGUUUCAACAGUAAACCAUUCAAAAACAUCAUGUACGAAUGGUUUGCCCAUUACGAUGAAGAAAAUCCCUGCGUAUUAUUCUGCAAGGGUAAACUAGCGGAAGAGGACUCCGAUGAAGAUACUUCAGAAGAACCUGUGAUGACUAUAACUAAAUUAGCUGAUAAAGUUCACGAUGGAACCAGAUGUAGACAUGGUAGUUUGGAUAUGUGCAUCGAUGGGAUUUGUCACGUGGUUGGUUGUGAUCUUCAAGUUGGCUCUAUGAAACAAGUGGACGCAUGUGGAAUUUGUGGAGGGGAUGGAUCAUCUUGUGCACGACCACUGUACCACUGGAACUUAGCACCAAUGUCAUUAUGUUCUGUUACUUGUGGAGGAGGAUACAAGAUGUCGCGUCCAGUUUGUCAAAAUAGAAUAUCUGGAGAAGAAGUUGAUGAACAACUCUGCAAUGAUUCUCAAAAGCCAGACUCAACUGUCAUACCUUGUAAUAACCACAAUUGUCCGGCCAGAUGGCAUGCUGGCGACUGGGGACCUUGUACAGUGACAUGUGGAGGUGGUUCCAGAGUAAGGCAAGUGUACUGCGUGGAAGAAGCAAACAACACGAAAAUAAAGGUUAACGAAAUGAAGUGUUUUGGUCUCAAACCAAGGUUCCAGGAAUCUUGCAACCAAUUCGAAUGUCCCACGUGGCAUUCUUCUAGCUGGUCUGGUUGUUCAGUAUCGUGUGGUGAAGGAGUACAAAUCCGCCUGGUGGAAUGUCGUGACGACAAAGAAAAGCUGAGUACCAAAUGCGAUCCUCUGUUGAAGCCCACUGACACCAAGCCCUGCUCGACAGGUAUCCAGUGUCCGUUCAGUGGAGAUUCCGGUGAAGACUUCUCAGUCCUACCAUAUCAUCAACCAUUGAUUCAACCCUAUCCACCUCCUCCCCUACCGGAAAAACUGGUGGGGGAUGCAAUCGUGCCCUCUGAAACUACAUUUGUACCCGACCAAUGGGGGCCUUGCAGUGUCAGCUGUGGUGAAGGUGUGAGAAAAAGAGAGGUACACUGCAAAAUUUUCCUAGAAUUCUCGAGAACCAUCGCCAAAUUACCAGAUCAUAAAUGUGGUACUCCAAAACCAAUUGAAAUAGAGAAAUGCUACAUGGGACCCUGCACUGCCGAAAAAAUCGGUAUGGAAAUUGCAGUAGACACGAUCAAAGAUGAUCCUUAUAGGGAAUUCAAAGUGGCUGGAGGAGACAUUCUAGGUUCACCUGGAAAAACCUAUGCCUGGAAAGAACAAGGCUACACACACUGCAGCGCUACUUGCCUUGGAGGCAUGCAAGAGCUAAUAGUGAAUUGCAUUCGAGAAGAUACCGGAAAAGUGACAUCACCUUAUCUCUGCCCAAUGGAAACGAAACCCGAAAUCCUGAAGAGGAUCUGCAACGAUAUACCGUGUCCUCCCAAAUGGAAUUACAGUGAAUUCUCACCUUGCACUCAAAACUGCGGAUUGGGCCUUCAGACCAGAGAGGUCAAUUGCAUCCAUGAAGUAACGCAAGGAGGCAGAAACACCAUCGUUGUACCGAACAAUAAUUGUCCUCAACCACCACCACCAGAUAGGCAAUACUGUAACGUCUUGGACUGUCCAGUCAGAUGGGUAGUGUCCGAAUGGUCUAGGUGUACGAAAUCUUGCGAUGGUGGAGAAAAAAACAGGAAAGUGGAGUGCAAGCAAACCAUGGCCCAAAACCACACAGUUAGUCGGCCUCAGAAUAUGUGUCCAUCCCCAAAACCACCAGAGAAGAAACCAUGCAACACCAAGAGCUGCGUCAUUGAAACGGACAAACCCAAAAUCUUCGCUUCAAACAACACCUUCAUCCAACACAACAUCAAACAGAAAAAAAUCUCGCUGACUGUUGGUGGAGCAGCCACGGUUUUCUUGGGAACGACGGUAAAGGUAAAGUGUCCAGUAAAAAGGUUCGACAGAAGCAAAAUCGCCUGGUUAAAAGACAAGAUACCACUGCCGAAAUCUAAAAAAUUCAAGACAUCGAAAAAGGGGGCUUUGAGGAUACAGAAUUUGUCCUUGAGGGAGAGUGGUUCCUAUACCUGCAUCGCAGGGAAGUCUUCUGCUAACAUUCAGAUUUCCGUUAGGCCUAAACCCGGGGAAUUUCCAACAUCUGAAGAGAUCCAAAAGGGUUAUAAGCAUCGUAAUGAUCUUCUGCCUAAUGUUAAUCAUAACAGAGACGAGAUGGUUUUUAAUAGCGAUGAUCAGAGUCAUGAACAGCGGCCGGAUGGACAGAAGAAGAAGUCUAGUAAACCGAAGUUAUUCACGCCUACACUACCGUCGCUAACUUUAGAUAAAAAUCAACUGAAUGCUCUGCCUCCACAAAGUACCAGUAGCCAGAACACAGAGAACAACGAACAGGAUCGCCUUUUAUCCUCAUCCUCUGAAUCAUUAAAACCAGCUGGAGGCAGCUCCAGCUCUGGUUCGAGGCCGAUGCCUCAUUUUCAGAGUCUCGUUUAUAAUUUACAGCUUCUAUGGCCUUUCCAGAUGUUCGGCAACUCCCGUGGUCAUCGGAUGAUAUCAACUUCAGAAGAAUAUUUUCCUAGAGACGUUGCCAAUGCAGACCAACUGUUCAGCACCACCCCAUUCGAAGAAGAUCCAGGUAGAGAGAUCGUUCUUGGAAAGGGGGCAGAGGAUAUGACUUUCGAUUGGGUUCUUGGUCCUUGGUCGCCUUGUUCAGAACCUUGCGGUUUCAAUGGUGUCCAGACAAGAGAUGCUAAGUGUAUGGUGAAGUUGCACAACACCACACAAGAGGUGAACAGUCACCUUUGCGACGAUGCCAACCUCAUUCCUCCUGAUACCUUGAGGCAAUGUAAUAGACAUGGGUGUCCAAGAUGGAAAGUGGAGGCUUGGAGUGAUUGCAGUAAAUCAAAGUGUAUCUCGUUGCAUAAAGCUAUACAAAGAAGAGUAGUCAAAUGCUAUUCAUGGGAUAACCUUGUCUUAGGUCCAUCAAAAUGCGAUAAAACCAGCAAGCCUAACCAACAGCAAGAGUGCUUCAAUAAUAGGUGUGUUGGAAAAUGGAGAGCAGGUCCUUGGUCUGAGUGUGCUGCGGGUUGUGAAAUGCACGGAGUGAAAUACAGAAUUCUGCAAUGCGUUUGGUUUGGUACUAAAAAACCAGCGGGAACAGCUUGCAAAGACAUUCCACGACCUCCUGUGAUGAAACCAUGUGUAGGACCAUCGUGUUCUAACUCGGUUACAGAUUGCAAAGACCAUUCCACAUUCUGCCCAAACGUCAAGGCAAUGAGCAUGUGCAAUGUUUCCUGGUACACGCAACAGUGUUGUGAAUCGUGUAAAAAUUAGAGACCAAAUUAGUUCAAUUGCAAAUGACUGUUACUUGUACAAAUCUCUCCUUAAAUUAAAUUAUAUCACUUGUAUAUUUCUAUGGCAAUAGUAGCAAAAUACGUUAUGAUCGAGCUUCUGCCGCCAUGUCGCUUAUAGUAUGGUAACCAUACAUGAAUAACUAGGCAAAUCCAUUGGUAAAAUGUAGGAAAUGGGAAAAUUCAUCAAUUCUAAAUACCCAUUAAUGAGGAAAAAUUAUUACAGUAUCUAUUAGUUGAAUCAAUAAAAUGUGUUGAAGAAUAUGUUUGAACUGUUAGUGGUUACCAAUAUUCAACAGUAACAAUAUCUCGAGAAUUAUCAUAGUGUCAGAGAAAAAUUCAUGACAGAUGCAGCUUUGUUCGAGAGGAAUAUUCAAAUGAUUAUACCUUUAUGUUAACUGAAUAUGCAAAGUGAUUUAUUAUGCUCUUUUAAAAUUCUUAACCAAAUGAAUUAUGAGGAAUAUUACUCGUUUCCUACAUUUUCCCAUUAUUAUGCCUCUACUGUACUAAGAGCUACAAAAUUAAGACUGAUGUUAAGUAUUUUUCAUUUAAUUGCUACUACAUUCCAAGACGUUAUGUAUUUAAAUAUAUAAAAUUUAUUAUUAAUUCAUAACAUAUUUUUCUGUUGAACAGUUCAAAAGUAACAUCAUCAUCGACAAAAAUAAUAAUUGUACAUUAAGUUACCAUUCUAUUUAACUUUUCGAAUGAUUCCUUAGACAAUAUUUUUCGAUGUAAAUAUAAUUUUUAUUACUAUUAGAACAAUCAACAAGUUAGACAUGAUUAGAAAAUUGUUAGCAAAAGUUAGUUGACUUAUUGAUUAUUUAUUUCUAUCGAGAAUUAAUGAAUGAAGAGUUCCAGUUUUGUAUCCUCAUUACGUGAUUAGAUUUUAAGAUAAGUUUCUGUCCAUGAGAUGCACAUACAUACUUACCAUUAAUUUAGAUUUAUAUUUAUAAGCCGUUCAAGAGGAUCAGUAGUCAAUAAGCUACCGAUUCUGAAUAUUUUUCCAAAAAAUCGAAGAUUUUAAAAGUGUUUAAGGAUUGGAACGAACUAUUAUGGAAAUAUUUACUGAGAAAACAAAGAAAUUUUUGAAAUGUGAAUUGUUGAGAAACCGCAUAAAUGCUUCCUUCUCAGAUAUGUAAAAAUUAUGAAUUUGCAAUAAUAAAUAAAGAUAUUUCGCCAUGUUGUCAAUAUGAUCAUGUGAUGAAAGUUGUAUAAAAUACAAAUUAUUGUUGA